AUGGAGCUUUUCCUAAGCCAACCAGUCUCUAACAAAACCAAUGUGAAGUGCAACAACUCUACAUUUUUCUUUGAAUCCUGUCAACCCCCUUCUCUAGCAUUACAUCUAUUACUCAUAGCCUAUACCAUGGUCUUAAUUGUGGGCCUUUUUGGAAACCUCUCUCUUAUCAUCAUCAUCUUUAAGAAGCAGAGAGAAACGCAGAAUGUCACCAAUAUACUAAUUGCUAAUCUCUCCUUCUCUGACAUCUUGGUGUGUGUCAUGUGCAUUCCUUUUACUGUCAUCUACACUCUGAUGGACCACUGGAUAUUUGGGGAUACUAUGUGCAAACUGACUUCCUAUGUGCAGAGUGUCUCUAUCUCUGUGUCCAUAUUCUCACUUGUGUUAAUUGCUGUUGAAAGAUACCAGCUGAUUGUGAAUCCCCGUGGCUGGAAGCCCAGUGUAUCUCAUGCCUACUGGGGCAUCACACUAGCUUGGCUCUUUUCCCUUUUGUUGUCCAUUCCUUUCUUCCUCUCCUACCACCUCACUGAUGAGCCCUUCCGCAACUUGUCUCUCCCUACUGACAUCUACGCCCACCGGGUGGCCUGUGUAGAGAGCUGGCCCUCCAAAAUGAACCAGCUUCUCUUUACCACCUCCAUGUUUAUGCUCCAAUAUUGUAUCCCUCUAGGCUUCAUCCUCAUCUGCUACCUAAAGAUUAUUAUCUGCCUCCGUAGGAGAAAUGGGAAGGUGGACAGGAAGAAGAAGGAAAAUGAGACCUGGCUCAGUGAGAACAAACGGAUUAACAGGAUGUUGAUAUCCAUUGUGGUGACCUUUGGAGCCUGCUGGCUGCCCUUGACAUCUUCAAUGUCAUCUUUGACUGGUAUCAUGAAGUGCUGA